UUUGCUUGUUAUGGAUUAGAGCUUAAAGAUUUGGAAAGGAAAAUCUGGAGUUGACUCAAGAAAAGCUUCGAAGAAAAAUAAAAGAAAGAGCAGAAAAGGCCCUCCGCCAUCGUAGUCGUGUUCUGGUACCUCGAUCGAAUCUCUAUUGUAUGCGGUCUCGCAUGUGGCAUGUCGGCGUUCCCAUUUGAAGCCUUAAUCAAUUUAGCAUCCAUGACGACUCUUAACCCUAUCACCUCUCACCAACUCUCUGUACUGAUUAACCCCGUCACGCAAUUCCAUAAACACAAAUCCUUUUCUCUUCUCUCUACCAGACGAUUCAGAAAACCCGAACCGUUAAACUGUUCAUUCCUUUCAACCCAUAACAGAAAUAGAUGGGCGAUUGGAUCGAUUACCGAGGAUAGGGAAGCGGUUCCUUUCAAGGAUAGCCCUCCAAAGGACCAAGACAACCCUUCGCUUCUUACUGGGUCUAAAGGGAAAGGAGAAGUUGAUGAUGAUAAUGAUAAGUUAUUGAGUAGAGCGAUUAAUGCUACUAUUGUUUUGGGUUUUGGGACUGUUGCUGUCAGUAAGUUGCUUACUGUUGAUCAUGAUUAUUGGCAUGGAUGGACCCUUUAUGAGGUGCUAAGGUACGCACCUGAACACAAUUGGAUUGCAUAUGAACAAGCUCUCAAAACAAACCCUGUUUUAGCUAAAAUGGCUAUCAGUGGGAUUGUAUACUCUAUAGGAGAUUGGAUUGCGCAAUGCUAUGAAGGAAAGCCACUAUUUGAGUUUGACCUGACACGCAUGUUUAGGUCAGGCCUUGUUGGGUUUACCCUUCAUGGAUCCCUGUCUCAUUAUUACUACCAAUUCUGUGAGGCUCUUUUUCCUUUUGAAGAGUGGUGGGUGGUACCUGCCAAAGUUGCUUUUGACCAAACAAUUUGGUCUGCAGUCUGGAACAGCAUCUAUUUCACGGUGUUGGGUUUCCUGCGUUUGGAAUCCCCAGAAAAUAUUUUUAGUGAACUGAGAGCAACUUUUUGGCCUAUGUUGACUGCAGGAUGGAAGCUUUGGCCAUUUGCUCAUUUGAUUACCUAUGGUCUUAUCCCCGUUGAACAAAGACUUCUUUGGGUGGACUGCGUGGAACUCAUCUGGGUUACCAUACUCUCUACUUACUCAAAUGAAAAAUCAGAGGCUCGGAUAUCUGAAGCAACAUUAGAAGAAAGUGCCAAUUCCACAAGCAAUCCGAAUGAGGCAUUCUUGCCACUUCUGCCAGGUUUUUCUUUUUCCCGUAGAAAUUAAAGCUUUAAAGAGAAGUGUGGGUCCAUGGGUAAUUGCUAUCUUGUUCCAGCUUUGAUGUCUUCAUCGAAGAAUAAGAACAAGUAGACAGCCAAAGUUGAAGACAAGCACAAAAUCCAUCGUUUGGCAAUGACUGUGAAGAAUGGAUUGCAUGUAUGGGCAGGCUUUUGGUAUUGAAAGAACCCACUGGCUGUGACAUCUCUGCACAUUACCAUCUGGGUGCUGAACUUUGUUUGGGUGAAUUUGGCAUUAAAGACUUGUUCUGAUGUAAGCAAUGGUGAAAAGGUUUGCUUGUAAAGCAAUAUUUAAGAGGAAGCUAAGAACUAUAGUGGAUAUUGAGGAUGUGAGAUGUGAGGAUGGAGGUUAUAAGGUGGCGGUGGAAAUAAAAGGUUUUGAUUUAACUACACUGAAUACAUUCCCAAAUGGUUAUUUCAUCUGAGGGUAAAUGAGUUUUUGACAUCAUGACUAAUGGAAAAAUAGUUACUAAAUAGAUGGGUGUCCUUAUUCAUAGAUGGAAAUAAAGUGCGGCAACUUUUUAAUGUAAUUAUAUAAGUAUAGGAUAAUUAGUUUGACAUUGGAGUAAUUAUCAUUUAAGAAGUAAAAUUCAGAACUUCAUUCUCAGUGAAAGGUUCAUGUGAGCUUCACUUGAUUACUAGUCUUCUUGCAACUGCAUGAGAAUAGAAAAGAAACAGGGAGAAUUGAUAUAUGCCUCGUGCUUUGAUUAUGUAGCUGAUUUUUCUCAUCUUCUGAUAUCAUCUUGCAGGAGUAAAUUAAUUGGAAAAUUGUGGCUUAUUGAGAAGGGUCUUUAAUUGUUGUCAAUAGAUUGACCGACCAUGUCCAGCUUUCUGGUUAUCGAAGCUACGCAUAUUAAACUGGAAAUAUGCAUGCCACAGCUUAAUCAGAUCACGCACCCUCCUACACAGGAAUUCUUAUUUUGAUUUAAUAUUGUGCAUACCAUCAUUGUCGAUUCAUAUUGAGAUAAAGUUACAAAUUAAUAUUGGUUUAUUCUUUGCAUGAACUCAUGCAUAUGCAGAAUAUUUGAUACCGAGGACAUUAAAGAGUUCAAUGUUGUUCUUUA